AUGGCGAAGAGCUUCUGCACCGUUACUCUUUUGAUGAUCUUUCUACUGAUCUCCACAGGGAUACCCAAAGGAAAAGCUCAAGGUGAAGUUGUAAACAACAUAGCAGCCCCAGGGACCUGCAGACUAGAGAAUGGACAGUUUAUUUGCGACAAUGCUUGCAAGCUUCGCGGAUUUCGCGGCGGCAUAUGUUCUCAGGACAUAACAAAAGUUUGUUUAUGUUACGCCCCUUAA